AUGCAGCCAACAUCAGGACCCUCGACGACGGGCGCGGCAGCCCGGGUCCUAGCCCUCGCGCCCCUCAAGCCCGACCUCUGCGAACGCGCCUGGCAGACGGUUGCGCACCCGACGCUCCCCCUCGCCGCCACCGUCCACGGCAAGGGCGUCACCGUCUUCUCGCUCGCCACGCUCGCCGCCCACAGCAGCCUCACCGGCGGGCACACGCGCUCCGUCCGCUCCGCCGCCUGGAAGCCCAACCUGGCCCCGCACAGGCUCUGCCUUGUCUCUGGCAGCUUUGACGCCACGGCCGGCGUCUGGCGCUGGGACGGCGACCAGCCGGCAGCCGACGACGCUGAUGACGGAGCCACCGCGCUGGAGCGGGAAGUCACCUCCGCCAACGUCCGAAACAGCCACGACAACGACGAGGACGAAGGAGAAGAAGACAAGUCCAACGCUGGGGAGGACAGGGAGUGGGAGUUCACGCUCGUCCUCGAGGGCCACGACUCUGAGAUCAAGUCCUGCGCCUUCUCCCCGUCCGGCGCGCACCUCGCCACGUGCUCGCGCGACAAGUCAGUCUGGAUCUGGGAGGACAUUGGUGCCUCCGAGGCCGACGACGAGUGGGAGACCAUCGCUGUGCUCAACGAGCACGAGGGCGACGUCAAGGCCGUCGCCUGGUGCCCUGACGUGCCCGGCCGCAACUCCCGCCGGCGGUACGGCGCCGACGCGCUUGCCAGCGCCAGCUACGACAACACGGUCCGCGUCUGGCGCGAGGACGCCGACGGCGAGUGGGCGUGCGUCGCCGCCCUCGAGGGCCACACCGAGACCGUCUGGGGCGUCCAGUGGGAGACGCGCCCGCGACCAGGCAACCGCUUCCCGCGGCUGCUGUCGUGCUCGGCCGACGCCACCAUCCGCGUCUGGACCCUCAAGGAGGAUGACGGUGAUGAAGGGAACGACGGCGAGCACGAUGGUGGUGGCCGCAGCGCGCUCGGUGGCAUUCCCAACACCAUGCGCAGGUCGCUGCGCGAGGAGUGGACGUGCACCGCGGUCCUGCCCGCCGCCCACCACCGUGACGUCUACGCCGCCGCGUGGAGCGCGCAGACGGGUGUCAUCGCCAGCACUGGCAGCGACGGCAAGAUCGUGCUGUAUAGAGAAGACCCCGAGGAGCAGCAGGCGACCUCUUCUUCCGCAGCAACCCUUGGUGAUUCCGACCAACCCAUGGUGGACGCACCGCCGGAAGGAGAAGAGCCGUUGGCCGUGCAGCAACCUCCUGCAGCAGCGCCUCCAGGCUCCGCGCGGUGGAAGAUCAUUGGCACGCAGGAACACGCUCACGGGCCGUACGAGGUCAACCACAUCAUCUGGUGCAAGCGUUACGACAGCGGCGCCAGCGCGAGAGGCGAGGAGGAAAUGCUCAUCACAACAGGCGACAACGGCGUUGUGCAACCGUGGCAAGUCAUUCUGGAUAAGGAGUAG